AUCGACAGCCACCUCCACUUUUCACUAUGAGUAAGAACUCAGAAUAAUAACAGAAAUUAUUCUCCCAUUUUGAUUAUUUGCCUUUUCACUUAAGUUUAUGAUUGCCAAGUUGAUUAUCCACUCUGCAACUCAGCAUAUUCUCUUUUCUACAUACGGAUUUUCUCUAACUAAAUCUGUUCUCAGAUAUGGCCCUCUGUUCUCUAUCUCUAUCGAGAAGCUUUCAAAAUAUAAAUAAUUCUCUAAUAUUUAAAUAAAUUUGUUCGCCAGACAAAUUCCAUAUACCUCCCAUAAUGCACAUUGAUUGAAAAAAAAACUGGGUGCUCAACCUCGCUGUCACGUCGUUUCCAUCAAUACAAUGCAAGAAAACAAAAGAAUUUAUUAAUGAGCAACCUCGUCAAAUCCGGUGAAGGAAAUCCCAAAGUUUGCGUGAAAAGCUUUCCACAUCUUUAUAGGAAGACGCGCUACUAUGCGGCUCUCUGCAACGCUGCAAUCUGCUCGGCCCCAUUUGACUGGCCGCUUGAAAAAUCUAGCCCCUGUGAAAUUAUCUCCGUUCUGUGCACAGAGUUCGUAUUAUUGCAGAGGACUAUCGAGUAUGGCGGGAGGGUCUCUGUUGUUCAGACAGCUGUUCGAAAAGGAUUCGUCCACUUAUACAUACCUGCUUGCUGACAUGGAGCACCCUGAUAAGCCUGCAGUGUUGGUGGAUCCAGUGGAUAAAACAGCAGAUAGGGAUUUUAAUCUGAUCAAGGAGCUAGGACUGAAGUUGAUUUAUGCCAUGAAUACCCAUGUCCAUGCUGAUCACGUCACUGGGACUGGCCUGUUAAAGAUUAAAAUGCCAGGUGUAAAGUCUGUGAUAUCAGAAGCAAGCAAAGCAAAAGCAGAUAUAUUUGUAAAUGCUGGUGACAAAAUUCAUUUUGGGAAUCUAUUCUUGGAGGUUCGACCUACUCCUGGUCACACACAAGGGUGUGUGACAUAUGUAACAGGAGAAGGCCCUGGUCAGCCUAAUCCCAGGAUGGCAUUCACUGGAGAUGCACUUUUGAUACGUGGUUGUGGACGAACUGAUUUUCAGGGAGGAAGUGCAGAACAACUUUACAACUCUGUACACUCACAGAUUUUCACCUUACCAAAUGACACAAUGCUGUUUCCUGCCCAUGAUUACAAGGGGCAUACGGCUACCACGGUUGGAGAAGAAUUGCUCUAUAAUCCUCGGCUUACAAAGGAUGUGGAAACAUUCAAGAAUAUUAUGGACAAUCUCGGCCUUGCUUAUCCAAAAAUGAUUGAUGUAGCAGUGCCUGCAAAUAUGGUGUGCGGUAUCCAAGAUCCUGUAAAAUCAGCUGUUGCUUAGGCUUUGUACAAUGCUCAAGAUACAGAGAAUCUGUCUAGGCAAUAAUAUAUUUGAUUUCUGGAACACAUUUGAGUCUCUCACUAACCAUGGAAGAGCAAGGAUUGUCAUUAAGAGAAAAUUCCAAUGAUUUUAAGUAGGAGGGAGCUUUUGGAUUUGUGUCAAAUGUAUGUGAUUUUGCAGUUUGUGUAUCUUUACUUGGCAUUUUUACUGAAUAAUAAUUGGUUGACCAGUACGUUCCAGAUUGUGACUUCUGUUUACCAUGAUUUGUAAAUUGUAAGCUUACAUAUAGCUAUGAAAUUCAGGAAACUGAAAGUGAAAUUUCUUGAA